AUGUAUUAUAAUACAGUUAUCUAUCCAUUUGUUUGUGAUAUGCAGGUGGCCAUUUUUGUUGUUGUCGUGGUAACUGUUUCUGCUGGUGUGCCUGUUCCUUACGGCUAUCCAGCUGUACCCGCUUACAAGCAUCCUCAGCCUCCUUAUGUUCCAGAACCAUACGAGGCUCCUGAACCCUACAGCUUUGGAUACGAAACCACUGAUGAACUUGGUAACCUUCAGUCUCGUCAUGAAGAAGCUGACGGUACUGGUGUUGUGAGUGGAUCUUAUGGUUACACUGAUGUUUACGGAAUCCACCGCCAAGUGGAAUACGUUGCCGACGCCAAUGGUUACCGCGCUGUGGUGAAAACCAACGAACCCGGUACCGCCAACGCCAGCCCUGCCAACGUGGAAGUUCUUGCCGAAGAAGCUCCUCUUCCUCACCCUACUGCUCCAAGCUACAAACACCCCCUGCCCCUACCACACCCAGCAGUUCCAGUUCCAAGCUACCAGCACCCCGUGCCCCUACCACACCCAGCAGUUCCAGUUCCAAGCUACAAACACACCGUGCCCCUACCACACCCAGCAUUCAGCUACAAGCCUGCUCUCUAUACUCAUCCUGUCCCAUACGCUCCUGUUGUCAAGGUUCCCAUCCCUUCAACCACCACUACCACCGAGGCUCCUAAAGAAGAAAAGUAG